AUGACCCCAGACUCGUCGACGAAAUCGACGCCCUCCUCCCAGACCCUCCAGAACAGUCCCCGCUCCAUGACGGAGCCCGAGGCUCCUCAACAACCCAAGUCGGACAACGUCCAAUCAGCGAAACAGAAGCGGGUGAGGACCGGAUGUUUGACCUGUCGCGAACGGCACCUCAAGUGCGACGAAGCCUUACCAAACUGUCAGAAUUGCAUCAGGUCCAACCGAAAAUGCAAGCGCGGCGUGCGCUUAAACUUCAUCGACGUUCAUUGCCAGAACCCCCCAUACUUAGUCCCGCGCACGCGCGAUUGGAGUGUCUCCUUUCAAGAUGACUCGCGCGACAUCGCCUCUGAGUAUCAAGGCGGCCGGGAGAAGUAUCAUCCUCUUGAGCCAGAACCCAAACGACAGAAAGUGGACGUGUCCGGGGGGGCCUACGACUAUAGUCAGAUAGCAGCUCCAACCAUGUCGCAUCCGCAGCUCCCAGCUCCACACUCCUAUCCUCAUUCUUAUGCCGAGUCGGCACAAGCCAUGUAUUCUACUCCCACAACGCAAGCCUUUGACGAUACGACCAGUGCCAUAGGACCUUACCCAGAAGCAGCUCGAGCAGUGAGACAACCCUACCACCAACAGACAAUGGUCACCCCCGUCGAGCAGGAACAAAUCUACCCACGCCUAGAGGACCGCAACGAGGUUUUGUACAUGCAAGUGUAUGUGGAGGAGGUGGGUUUGUGGAUGGACUCGAUGGACGCGGAGAAGCACUUCUCUCGUCUGAUACCCUUCCAAGCGCUCAAGGAACCCAUGCUGAAGUAUGCUUUGCUGGCUUGUGGAGUCCGACACCUCACCUUGGUCAAUCCCAUCUACCCGGAAGAGCAUGCACUGAAUUACUACAACAAUGCAACGCAGCUACUACUGAAGGCGCUACAGGACCCCGAUCGAGAUAGCGUGUUGUGCGCCACCACGGCUACCAUUCUCAACGUCUACGAAGUCAUGUCUGAGAAAGCUCUGCAACGGAUGAACCAUAUCGCCGGUGCCCGUGCCCUCAUCAAGGAGUGUCGGUGGGAUGCCACCUCAACGGGCAUCGGGGCAGCCUGUUUCUGGCUGAAUGUCGGACUAGAAUUGUUUAGCUGCUUGCAUUUUAAUUGGGCCGUUGCUUGGGACCCCGACACCUGGGGUAUUGACAUUGCCAUGACCCCUCAGCUUGUUCCCGGACACGAAGAAGACUGGGCGCACAGGAUGCUGUGGAUCCUCUCGAAGAUCACCAACUUCAGGUCUGAGGCCCAGCGGCGCUACCAUGACAGCAAUGUUCAUGCAGAACAGAUGCGCUUGCACCAGCGGAACAAACAGUGGCUGGGCCUGAAGUUCUUCUGUGACCGUUGGCAUGAGUGUGUGCCGCCCACAAUGCAUGCUCUCGCAAGCGUUCCGCCUCAGUUGACCUCAUCCAAAAGUGCAUUUCCUGAGCUGUGGUACCUCAAGAGGACUACCAUCGUUGCUAGGCUGUUCUAUCAUACAGCUAUGGCGCUGCUAGGCUCAGUUCAUCCCUUGGCCACCAUGCACUCUCAAAAGGCGGAGGAGAUGCAAGAAAUGAGGAUUCGUCAUUCAAGACAAGUCUGCGGCAUCGUGGCCCACGUCAAGGACCGGGGUGUGGCUUCAGCCUCCAUCCGCUGUCUGGCAGUGGCUGGCGAGAACCUCAGCGUCAGACGCGAACAGGAAGAGGUGCUGCAGAUUUUUGACCGCAUCAAAAAAGAAACGGGCUGGCGCGUCGACUCGAUCCACGAUGAACUUAGGGAGAAAUGGGGUUGGACUAGCGUUGCCCAAGACUACGACACCAUGAGUUCGGCGUCUUCAUUCUAUGCUCCUUCGAGACCUUCAGCUGCUUCUGACACACCAAAUGCAACGCCGCCUCGUGCAAAAUACCCCAGCGGUAUCGUCAAUCCACUGUACCAAAAUGCCGAUUUUUCAGCCCAGAAUCCGCCGUAUCAAGGGAACUACGUCCCUCCUGCUUCUGGACAUGUUAUGCAUAACACCACGCAAAUGUAUGGGUAUUCCGGUAUUACAGCCAUUUGA